AUGGGUACUGUCUCGGACACUAAUAAAGUAGGGGACUACCUUAUGGGUACUGUCUCGGACACUGAUAAAGUAGAGGACUACCUAAUUGGUUCCGUCUCGGACACUGAUAAAGUAGACGACUACCUAAUGGGUACCGUCUCGGAGACUAAUAAAGAAGAGGACUACCUUAUGGGUACUGUCUCGGACACUAAUAAAGUAGGGGACUACCAUAUGGAUACUGUCUCCGACACUAAUAAAGUAGAGGACUAUCUUAUGGGUACUGUCUCGAACACUGAUAAAGUAGAGGACUACCUAAUUGGUACCGUCUCGGACACUGAUAAAGUAGAGAACUACCUUAUGGGUACUGUCUCGGACAAUAAUAAAGUAGGGGACUACCAUAUGGAUACUGUCUCGGACACUGAUAAAGUAGAGGACUGCCUUAUGGGAACUGUCUCGGACACUAAUAAAGUAGAUGACUAA